AUGCCCAUACUUUUGGCAGCGGUGACACUGCCCAAUGAGUCUGGAGUUCUUCUGAACCUCAACUCGAAUGGCCAGUCCCAGCAGUUCGUGUUCGUUGAACACUUGCUGAGACUUUUCAGUCUGGGGCAGUAUCACGACCACCAAAGGCAUGGGCGCGCCGCCGCUGCGCUUCAAUCGAAUGAUGUGAAGAGGGCUAUAUCCCCUCUGCUCCAGUUCUCCCUUAAUCUCAGUAUCCGAAAAGUUGACGGAAACUCCUCGAACCACCGCAUGGAUGUUCCGUUCCGAAGGGAGAGGAAAAAUACUUGGCAUCAGGAAAUACAUUCACGGAUCUUCAAUACACAUUUAGAAUGGGAAUUAAAACUAUAAGUUAUAUUGUUCGAGAAGUAUGUAAAGCAAUAUGGUCCGAAUUGCAGAUAUAAAUGAAAAUUCCGUCAGAAGAGGAGUGGUUAAUGAUAGCAAACAAUUUUGAGAGUGCAUCGAAUUUUCCUUUGUGCUUAGGAGCGGUAGACGGGAAACACAUACGAGUUAUAAAGCCAGAAGAAAGUGGUUCAAUGUUUCUAAACUAUAAACAUUAUUUUUCAAUUGUGUUGAUGGCUGUGGAAGACUCAAAUUAUAAUUUUAUUUUCAUUGAUGUUGGUGCCUAUGGCAAAGAAUGCGAUUCGGCUGUAUUUAAGGAAACAGAGUUUUGGAAAAGUUUAGUGAACAAUAAAUAGAUUAAAUAUACCACCAUAUACCAACAAAUUGGGAACUCAGUGUGAACUACCCUAUGUAUUUGUUGCGGACGAGGCAUUCGCAUUACAUGAACAUUUACUUCGCCCGUUUGGUGGGCAUCAACUCGAUGAUGUAAAAAGAACAUUUAACUAUCGCCUGACAAGAGCAAGGCGGUACGUUGAAUGUGCGUUUGGGAUAAUGGCGAAUAAAUGGCGAAUUUUCCAUCGACCAUUAAAUGUAUCAACGGAUUUAGCAGUCGACAUAGUAAAAACUUGUUCUUUGUUGCAAAAUUUUAUCCACAAAGAAGAAGGAAUUAUUAAUAAUAUGACAAGUGAUUUAUUUGCUACUGACUCUGAUUCCGCCCUGCUCGAUAUACCUAGUUCAAAUUCGGUAAGAGGUUCUUUAACAGCCAAUGAUAUCCGCAAUAAAUUUGCGGAGUAUUUUAUGACACCAGAGGGGAGAUUGCCG